AUGCCAUACUCAUACCUAGCCGAUUCCACGUACGGGAAAGACAAUGUCAAGUUUUUGAAGGUCAAGAAGGACAAGCAAAACAAGAAGGUCCAUGAAAUCAUGGAAGCCACUGUGUGUGUUUUGUUGAAAGGUGACUUCGAUGUAUCCUACACUGAAGCGGACAAUACCCCAAUUGUUCCCACUGACACCGUGAAGAACACAAUUUUGAUAAUGGCUAAAAAGUUUGACACUUUCCCACUCGAAAAGUUCGCUGCCAGAUUGGCUUUACACUUCACUUCAAAGUACUCUCACGUCUCUGGCCUGACUAUUAAAAUCACUCAAGACCGUUGGGUUAAGUACGAUGUUAAUGGAAAGCCAUCUCAACAUUCUUUCGUUCAUCAAGGCCCAGAGAAGAAAAUUGUUUCUUUGGAUUACGACAAAAAGAACGGCGCCUCCAACUAUUCGCUUUCUACUUCCAUCAAAGAUUUAACCGUCUUGAAAUCUACCAAUUCUAUGUUUUACGAUUACAACGUGUGUGAGUAUACCACAUUAAAACCCACUGAAGACCGUGUUUUGUCUACCGAUAUCUUUGCCACCAUGGAUUGGUGCCCAAAGAGGUUGGGAUGUCUAAACAGCAUUUCUUCGGGCUCUAAGGAUGAGAUCUUCGACAAAGCUUACCUCGGCGCUCGCGAUAUCACUCUCGACAUUUUUGCCAAGGAAAACUCCCCAUCUGUGCAGGCCACGAUGUACAACAUGGCUACAGCUAUCUUGAAAGAAGUUCCACAAGUCAGCUUUGUGUCUUACGAAUUGCCCAACAAGCACUAUUUCCUGUUUGACUUGAAGUGGUUUGAAGGUUUGGAAAAUGACAACGAAUUAUUCUACCCAUCCCCACACCCUAACGGUUUGAUUAGAUGUAAGGUUGGUCGCAACCAGUCCAAAUUGUGA